AUGGCCGGCAAGGGAGAGGGCCCGGCGAUCGGUAUAGAUCUCGGCACCACCUAUUCGUGUGUCGGCGUCUGGCAGCAUGAUAGAGUUGAGAUCAUCGCCAACGAUCAGGGGAACCGUACGACCCCUUCGUACGUCGGCUUCACCGACUCUGAGCGUCUCAUUGGAGAUGCCGCGAAGAACCAGGUCGCCAUGAACCCCAUCAACACUGUCUUCGGUGAGCAUCCGACGUUCUCUAUUAAUGUGGCGUUUAUUUACUUGAUCUGCUUUUUCGUCCAGUUUUUACGUUUGUCGAUCCCUGCUCUGAUGGAGAUCUGGUCUUCCGAUAGACGUUACGAUUAUUUGUGUCCUCCGGCGAUCUAGAUCUGGAAGCAGUAUUUGCAGAACGAUAAAUCCGAUAAUACUUGAUCCAUUGACAUAAACUUGGAUUCAUGAUGAAUAGGUUUAUGAGUAUCUGUUUCCAUGUUACAGAUAUGUUGUUUUUUGUCUUGCGUUCAGUUUGUCUGGUUUUUUGGGUUUUUUUAUUAAGCCAACUACCUAAAUGAUUUUUUCUUAAAGUAUUAGGUGAUCUUUUGGGUCACAUGAUCUCCCGUCGUGCUAUUUGUUGCGCCAUUAAUGUCUUUUCUGGAGUAAAUUCAUCAGUUCCGAAUUAAUUUGAAUAUGGAUACUUUCGGCAAUUUGAUUUAUCUCGAUUUUACAUGGACGUUUGAAUUGUAAUCUUGCUCGAUGUGAACGUUUCUCUACAUCUGUUAUAUGCUACACUGGAGUGAUUUCUUGGAUAUAUAUUUUUUUGGGCCUAUUCCUGUCCUCGUAUGAAUAUAUGUGCUUGCCGUUUCAUUAAUUCCUGUGUCUCUGUCCUAUGUAAUUAUUUAUCUGGUUCACGAUUGACACCAAAUCAUCGCGUUUUAAGCUAAAUGAGAUGCUUUUUGAAGAUUCUGUUUGUUUAGAACUGUAGUGUUAUGUCUUGUUCUCAUGUUGGAUGCAAAUUUAUUGAUGUAGACGCGAAGCGUUUGAUCGGAAGGAGAUUCACCGAUUCCUCUGUUCAGAGUGACAUCAAGCUAUGGCCGUUCAAGGUUGUGCCUGGUCCGGGCGACAAGCCCAUGAUUGUCGUUCAGUACAAGGGUGAGGACAAGCAGUUCGCUGCGGAAGAGGUUUCUUCUAUGAUCCUGAUUAAAAUGAAGGAGAUCGCCGACGCCUAUCUUGGGUCUAGUGUGAAGAAUGCCGUGGUCACCGUCCCGGCGUAUUUCAACGAUUCCCAGCGACAGGCGACGAAGGACGCUGGGGUGAUUGCCGGUCUGAACGUUAUGCGUAUCAUCAACGAACCUACCGCGGCGGCCAUUGCGUACGGCCUGGACAAGAAGGCGACGAGUGUGGGCGAGAAGAACGUCCUGAUCUUUGACCUCGGUGGUGGUACCUUCGACGUCUCCCUCCUGACCAUUGAGGAGGGUAUCUUUGAGGUGAAGGCCACGGCCGGUGACACCCAUCUGGGAGGGGAGGACUUCGACAACCGUAUGGUGAACCACUUCGUUCAGGAGUUCAAGAGGAAGAACAAGAAGGACAUCAGUGGGAAUCCCAGGGCUCUGAGGCGGCUGAGGACGUCGUGCGAGAGGGCGAAGAGGACCCUCUCGUCGACUGCUCAGACAACUAUCGAGAUCGAUUCCCUGUACGAGGGCAUCGACUUCUACUCAACGGUGACCCGCGCCAGGUUCGAGGAGCUGAACAUGGACCUGUUCAGAAAGUGCAUGGAGCCGGUGGAGAAGUGCCUAAGGGACGCAAAAAUGGACAAGAGUACAGUCCACGACGUGGUUCUGGUAGGCGGAUCCACUCGAAUCCCCAAGGUGCAGCAGCUCCUGCAGGAUUUCUUCAACGGGAAGGAACUGUGCAAGAGCAUCAACCCCGAUGAGGCGGUGGCGUACGGAGCCGCCGUGCAGGCGGCCAUCCUCAGCGGCGAGGGAAGCGAGAAGGUGCAGGACCUCCUGCUGCUGGACGUGACCCCGCUGUCCCAAGGCCUUGAGACGGCGGGAGGGGUGAUGACGGUGCUGAUCCCUAGGAACACAACGAUCCCCACGAAGAAGGAGCAGGUCUUCUCAACGUACUCGGACAACCAGCCCGGCGUGCUCAUCCAGGUGUACGAGGGCGAGCGGACGCGGACGAGGGACAACAACCUGCUGGGCAAGUUCGAGCUGUCCGGCAUCCCCCCGGCCCCCAGGGGCGUGCCGCAGAUCACCGUCUGCUUCGACAUCGACGCCAACGGUAUCCUCAACGUCUCCGCCGAGGACAAGACCACCGGGCAGAAGAACAAGAUCACCAUCACCAACGACAAGGGCCGGCUGAGCAAGGAUGAGAUCGAGAAGAUGGUCCAGGAGGCGGAGAAGUACAAGUCCGAGGACGAGGAGCACAAGAAGAAGGUGGAGGCCAAGAACGCCCUCGAGAACUACGCCUACAACAUGCGGAACACCAUCAACGACGAGAAGAUCAGCUCCAAGCUGGCCGCCUCCGACAAGAAGAAGAUCGAGGACGCCAUAGACGGCGCCAUCCAGUGGCUCGACGGCAACCAGCUCGCCGAGGCCGACGAGUUUGAAGACAAGAUGAAGGAGCUCGAGAGCAUCUGCAACCCCAUCAUCGCCAAGAUGUACCAGGGCGCCGGCGCCGACAUGCCCGGCGGCAUGGACGAGGACGGCCCCUCCGCCGGCGGCAGCGGCGCAGGCCCCAAGAUCGAGGAGGUCGACUAA